CACGGAUCUUAUAACCAAACUGAUAACUACACUCGCUUGAACGGAUCGGUAAAUACCAACCCAAAAUACCAUUUCCAUUUGGUUAUCCGCUUGAAUUUGAUUUUUGUUUUAGUUUUUUGUAUGCUACAGACAUUCGUCGAACUGUCCCGAGUAUGGAGGCGUUUUUCUGCGUCAUAUUUGUUCUAUCACUGCAAAAACAUGGCGACAAAAGUCAUUCGUGUUGCCGAUUAAUAUGCAUAUGCUUUAAGCGUUCUUUCAGUAUCUUCAACAUUUUUGUCUUCAACCACCCCUCCUCCGUGAGUUUAACCUACUUUCUCUAAUCUUCCUGACAUAAACAAAGAUGUUGUGAUGUGUUUCAAAUAAUUUUGUCAAAAUGGAAACAGUGCAAAAGCUCAAGAAAAAAGGGAAGUCUGAUGGUGAAGAAGAAAAAGCACCAGUGUUAAUCCGAAAUUCUACGGAUUUGCAACGUAUGAAACUUGAAAAGCUCAUGAAGAAUCCUGAGAAACCAGUGAUAAUACCAGAGAGACCAAAAGAACGAGGAAUGCCGAAUGUUCCAGAUUUUGUUAGAAAUGUCAUGGGAUCUAGUGCUGGGGCAGGUUCAGGGGAAUUCCAUGUUUAUCGACACUUGAGACGUAAGGAAUUUGCUCGCCAGAAGUACAUGCAGGAACGAGCUGAGAAGGAAAAGCUUCAGGAGGAAUACCAUAUAAAGUUACAGGAGAAUAAAAGGCGGGCAGAGGAAAGGACUGCAAAGAAGAGAUUGAAGAGGUUGAAAAAGAAACAAAAACAAAAAAAGAAGAUAAAGUGUAAUGAAAAUAAAACUAAGCUGAAUGAAUCAUCUUCAGAAAUAAGCGAGAGCUCUGAUGAAGAAAAAUCUGUUUCAUCUAGUGCAGAUGCUGGUGGUAGUAGUACAGUACAAGAUUUUUAUAAUAGUGCACCGUCAGACUCGGAUUAUGUAGGCCAGAAGGUAGACAAACUAAAGGAAACCACUGAUACAGUCACAGACAUUUCUAAUGCAGGUUCAGGUUCUAUAUCAGAUUGUCAAGUUGAGAUAACAAAUACAAAUAAUGUACCAUGUGUUGAUAAGGCAGAUAGAAAGUGAAUAACUUUGUGUUGAGCUAUAAGUCACAUUUUAAAACAGGCUCAGUAGAGAUUUUUUCGCAAGAUCCCUUAGUGAACGGAGCGGGAAAAGAUGGAAAUUCCCCUUCCUUUCGAAGUUUUGACAGGUUCAAGUUACACCGGGAGUGGUUAGAUGGCGCAUGUUGCGCAAAAUGUUUGCUUUAAGCUUCUUGGUAAAACUAGCUGCCUUCUUUGAAUCUGAAAUAAACAGACCCAUCGUUUUUUGUGCAAUGUACAAAUAUAUCAAUAAAAUCAACCAUUUGAUAUGACAAGUCCGGCUCCUAUAUCUUCGAUGACCUCCCACGUCAUUUAAAAUCAGGUGGACGUGUUCCUCCAUUUAUGAUUUAAUAAUUUAACUCAAUUUUUGGCACUGCACAGACAAAUUUUUAAUUGAGAUGUCUGAUUUUUAAAUGACUUUGACAUAAGAUCUGUCACUCGCUAGUACCUCACCGACGUUAGGCAGUUACCCGUCUUCCUCUAUUCCCGUUCUUCGCGAAAAUUUGAGUAUUAGGUCCCGGUAGUGCACUGUGCUAUACCGUGAACUCGCGAAAAAAUCCGUUUUUAAUAUUUUUUUCCAUUAUUUUACUUCUCACGCCUACUUGGGAGGAAAAAAUCGAAAUUGAGAUAUUGUUUUUUUGGAUGUUAUAUGACGUGUACUUCUCGAAAAAACAUGUUACACAUUUCCAUCAGUCUGUCUGUCGAUCUGUCCGCAAAUCCUUGGUCUAUAACUUGAAAAGCACUGUGGUGUGUUUGCAAAUCACUUGUAAUAUAAUACCGUACACAGUAAUGGAAUGUAGAUUGACAGAUGAAAUGUUGCUAUGUGAACCUAUUUUUAGAACGCCUAAACUCAUGUAAUGUCACUUGAUGACAGCAGACUAAUUUCGAACAACUUUUUCUGGGACUAUUGUAUUUGUUAUAAGAAACGCUGUGAUCACGGGGUAAAUCAUAGAAAAAAUAAGGUUUGCCAAUUUUUUUACUUUUUGAUAACCAAAAAAAGUAAUCAAUGCACCAUGAAAAUGACAAGUGACAGCACUCUUAUUCUCAAGGCUUUGGACACGGAAAGAAAAGCGCACUUUUGACGUUUCAGAACGAUUACUUUGUUAUAAUUCUGGACGCAUGGAACAUGUACGUACGUCAAACCAUUUACGAACUCAGCCCUGGUGGGAUGAAAUUUUUAGACAAAGUUACUACUAUGCCAAGGACAAAAAGCCAAAGACUAAAGAAAUACAAAUUGGUCAAACCUCGUUUUUUUGACGUUUCAGAUGAUCCUGAGCUGCUUUCCGGUGGUUUUUGGUUUGAGAGUGAUACACUUCCGAACUGCUCCAAGAGCAAUGCAUGAGAAUACAAUGUGCACUGGGACGAUAUUGGUGUUGAUCGCUACUGAGUUACUCAGAGUAACUCGACGGGGAAAGCAGCUCUGAAUAUUUUUUUUUUUUGGUAAAGCAGUUGAUAAAACCUACGUCUUUUUGAUGCAAUUGCACCACAUGGAAAAUUGUUCUGUAAGUUGUUUCGAAGGCGUGGGAAGUAUAGAGUCAAUCUACUUGACGCCAUUUUUUAUAGAUGGUCAUUAUGAGUAUUAAAAAUAAUAAAAGCAACCUUAAUUAUUA